GAAAUUGAAGCAGCCAGUGUCUUGGAAAGUAAGGCAGAGUGUGUGACCAAUACAAAGGGGAAAGUAUCUACAAUGGCAAGACAGGCUACGAAGUUUUACGAUCUCUCGUCCAGACUACUGACGGGAGAAACGUUUAAUUUAUCCUCCCUGAAGGGCAAAGUUGUCCUCAUUGAAAAUGUCGCGUCUCUCUGAGGUACGACCACCAGGGAUUACACCCAGAUGAACGAGCUCCACGAACGGUACGCCGGCAAGGGGCUUGUGAUUCUGGGAGUGCCCUGCAACCAGUUCGGCCAUCAGGAGAACUGCAAGAAUGAGGAAAUCAUUUUGUCCCUGAAGUAUAUCCGUCCUGGAAAUGGUUUUGAGCCCAAGUUUAAGCUCCUGGAGAAAGUGGAUGUGAACGGGAACGAUGCCCACCCCCUGUUUGUGUUCCUGAGGGAACAGCUCCCUGCUCCCAGUGACGACCCAUCUGCCCUGAUGACCGACCCCAAGCUGAUCAUGUGGAGCCCGGUGUGCAGGAACGACGUGGCCUGGAACUUCGAGAAGUUCCUAAUCGGGUCGGAUGGAGUGCCCUUCAAGCGCUACAGCAGGAGGUUCCUCACCAGCGACAUCGAGGGAGACAUCAAGAAGCUCCUCAGUCAGGCCAACUAAAGAAGCCGUCCUCCAAAAUGCUGUCCAUCCUAAAGCUUGCACCAGCACGAUGAGUGUGACCUUCACGUCCCCUUGAGGCUCAUUGUUUUCCCCUCCAUAGCUUCUGUAGAUGUUAUACGGCACUUAUCCAGACCACCUGUGCUCUCUUAUAUGCAGUGAUGGCUGUGUUCUGUUCUUUUACUACAUGAAGUCACCCUCUGAAACCAACUCGUUGUGAGGGGGGUAUCUGAUGAAAUGUAAAAGGCUGAAUGUGUGCAGCUGCACUGUGUGCAUGUAUAGCACAGCUGUGUUUCAGGGACCAAUAAACUUAUUUUUUCAAACGUU